AUGGGAAGCGCGGUCAUGGACACCAAGAAGAAGAAAGAUGUUUCUAGCCCCGGUGGGAGCAGCAGCAAGAAAAUCUCCAGUUCUAAGAGGCGUUCGCUGCGCGUGCACAUUCCGGAUCUGAGCUCCUUCGCCAUGCCGCUUCUGGAUGGAGACCCAGACAGCUUGGAAAAGCAUUCUAGAAAGGUGGACAGCCCUUUCAGUGUGGGCAGCCCCUCCAAGGGCUUCUUCUCCAGAGGCCCCCAGCACCAGCCUUCCAGCCCCGUGUCUGCUCCUGUGAGACCCAAGACCAGCCCUGGCUCUCCUAGAACAGUGUUCCCGUUCUCCUACCAAGAGUCACCUCCACGUUCCCCACGCCGCAUGAGCUUCAGCGGCAUCUUCCGUUCCUCGUCCAAGGAGUCAUCCCCGAGCUCCAACCCCUCUACCUCUCCAGGGGGCAUCCGGUUCUUUUCCCGCUCCAGAAAAACCUCAGGCCUCUCCUCUUCUCCAUCGACACCCACCCAGGUGACCAAGCAGCACUCAUUUCCUCUGGAAUCCUAUAAACAUGAACCUGAGCGAUUAGAAAACCGCAUCUAUACCUCCUCUUCCCCUCCGGAUAUAGGCCAGAGAUUCUGCCAGCCUUCCUUUCAGAGUUCAGCCAAACCUCACCCAGCAUCAACAACACACGCUGCUGCAGCUACUGUAGCGGCGGAGGCGGCAGCUUCGGGUACCGCUGGAGUCGGCAUGCUGGAGAAAUUGGAGUUCGAAGAAGAAGCUGUUGAAGACUCUGAAAGUGGCGUUUACAUGAGAUUCAUGAGGUCACACAAGUGUUAUGACAUUGUUCCAACCAGUUCAAAGCUUGUUGUCUUUGAUACUACAUUACAAGUUAAAAAGGCCUUCUUUGCCUUGGUAGCCAACGGUGUUCGAGCAGCGCCACUGUGGGAAAGCAAAAAACAAAGUUUUGUAGGAAUGCUAACAAUUACAGAUUUCAUAAACAUACUCCAUAGAUACUACAAAUCACCCAUGGUACAGAUUUAUGAAUUAGAGGAACAUAAAAUUGAAACAUGGAGGGAGCUUUAUUUACAAGAAACAUUUAAGCCUUUAGUGAAUAUAUCUCCAGAUGCAAGCCUCUUCGAUGCUGUAUACUCCUUGAUCAAAAAUAAAAUCCACAGAUUGCCAGUUAUUGACCCUAUCAGUGGGAAUGCACUUUAUAUACUUACCCACAAAAGAAUCCUCAAGUUUCUCCAGCUUUUUAUGUCCGAUAUGCCAAAGCCUGCCUUCAUGAAGCAGAACCUGGAUGAGCUUGGAAUAGGAACAUACCACAACAUUGCCUUUAUACAUCCUGACACUCCUAUCAUUAAAGCCUUGAACAUAUUUGUAGAAAGACGAAUAUCAGCUUUGCCUGUUGUGGAUGAGUCAGGAAAAGUUGUAGAUAUUUAUUCCAAAUUUGAUGUUAUUAAUCUUGCUGCUGAGAAAACCUACAAUAACCUCGAUAUCACAGUGACGCAGGCCCUGCAGCACCGGUCACAGUAUUUUGAAGGGGUUGUGAAGUGCAAUAAGCUGGAAACACUGGAGACCAUUGUGGACAGAAUAGUGAGAGCUGAGGUUCAUCGGCUGGUGGUAGUCAAUGAAGCAGAUAGUAUUGUGGGUAUUAUUUCGCUGUCCGAUAUCCUCCAGGCCCUGAUACUCACACCAGCAGGUACCACAGAGAAGGAGACAGAAGCUGAAUGA